GAGCAAAUGACCAUUUAAGCUAUAUAUCAAAAAGCUUUUUUUAGGAAAUCUUACGAUGGCAAUUACAGUGUUGUGCACAUUGUAAGUUCAAUAGACAUAUAUAAUUCUCAGAAAGUAUAGUCCAAGAUACAUAUUCAGUAAACUAAAUUAUAUUGUAAAUUAAUACUUAUCGUGAUGAAGUUAGAGGAUUCUGCAGGUGUAGUUGUUACCCCACUAAAGGCAUCAGCAACAAUAACCAAAUUGCAACCAUUAAGUAGUAAAAGUGUUAAAGUUGAUAGACAAUCAUUUUUCACUUCUGAAGAUAAGAGUACAUAUCGAGCUAUAUUACAAUUAUUAAGUUUUAUAACCUAUGAUUUGGUACUUUGGUUCUUUUCUUUUGUAAUUCAUACUUUCUUUCGUGAUAUUCAACCACGAGGUACAUUUCAUAUACCUCAUCAGGGCCCUGUAAUAUUUGUCAUUGCUCCUCAUCAUAAUCAAUUCAUUGAUCCAUUGAUUGUCAUGUCCAAAGUAAAACAAUUCAUUGGUCGUCGUAUUGCAUUCAUAAUUGCUAACAAAUCUUAUAAGCAAAGAUUCAUAGGAACAAUGGCCAUGUUAUGUGGGGUAAUCCCAGUUGAAAGACCACAAGAUCUAGUCAAACCAGCACUGGGGAAAAUAAGAGUUAAUCCAGAUAAUGAAAUUGAAGUGAUUGGAGAAGGUACCAAGUUCACAACUGAAUGUAUGGAAAAGGGAUUGGUUGGUUUACCUGAAUAUUUAGGAAAUGUACAAAUUCUCAGUAUUCAAGAUGAUACUCAUCUUAUAUUGAAGAAGAAAUUCGAGUCAGCUCGCCCAGAAAAUCAAGCUAGAAUUGACAAACUAUUAAGAGAAGGAACAAAGUAUAAAGUAGCUCCUCAUAUUGACAAUAGUGUUGUUUUCAAACAUGUCUUCAACCAUUUAAAUAGCGGUAGAGUAUUAGGAAUAUUUCCAGAAGGUGGAUCUCAUGAUAGACCAGAUUUGUUGCCUUUGAAGCCAGGUGUUGCUAUCAUGGCACUUGGUACAGUUGCUGAAGCUAUUAAUAAACUUAAGGAAGGUAAUUCAGAUGUUCAUAUUGAGCCUGUUACUAUUAUCCCAGUAGGUUUAAACUAUUUUCAUCCUCAUCUAUUCAGAUCGCGUGUUGUUGUUGAAUUUGGAGAACCUAUUAUAGUCGAUAAGUCUAUGGGUUUGCAUUAUAUUGAAAGUUCAAGGGCCGCAGUUGGUGAGUUAUUGAAUGCAAUAACAUUAGGGUUAAAAGAAGUUACUGUUACUUGCAAAGAUUACGAAACACUUAUGGUAUUACAGGCAGCCAGAAGAUUAUAUACUUCUGCCAAUAGAGAGAAUAUUCCCUUACCUAUGGUAGUUGAAUUGAACAGAAGGUUGAUUAAAGGUUAUGAACAAUACAAGAAUGAACCAGAUGUGAUAGAAUUAAGGGAGAAAGUAAUGGCAUACAAUUCUAAAUUACGGGCUCUUCGACUCCAUGAUCACGAUGUCGAGACAUUAACACGUAAACACAGAUUCCAUACAUUCAUCGUUUUAAUAGAACGACUCUUCAAAUAUGCGUUGUUCAUGGGUUUAAGUUUACCUGGGAUGAUAUUAUUUAGUCCUGUGUUUAUUGUUGCUAUUAGAAUAUCCAACAAAAGAGCCAAAGAAGCACUUGCUGCAUCUGUUGUUAAGAUUAAAGCUAAUGAUGUGAUUGGUACAUGGAAGAUUCUUGUUGCUUUAGUAUUAGCUCCCGCUUUAUACAUUUUGUAUUCUAUUAUUGGAACAAUCUUAAUUUUGGAAUACAAUAUUUCGCCAAUCCAUGUUCCAGUAUACAUAAUUUUCUUAUUCUGUUAUUGCUGGGCAUUAUUAACGACAUAUGCAUCUUUGAGAGUUGGAGAAAUUGGAAUGGAUUAUUAUAAGUCUUUAAGACCAUUAUUCCUUUCUAUAGUUAGUUUCCACACCAAUGGAGAGAUUGAAAUUGAUGAAUUAAAGAAAACACGUCGGGAAUUGGCAGGUAAAGUCGAUGAAUUUUGCAACAAGUAUGGUCCUGGUAUGUUUGAUGAUUUUGAUGAAUUCUAUGGUGAUUUUGAUGAUGAAAAAGUAACAGUUGUUCAUGAAGGUGAUGAAAUCGAAUCAUCAGAUGAAGAAGGAGAACAUCCAAUAUAUAAAGCAGGUAAGAAGGGUAAGGGAAUGUUAAGUAGGAUAAGUUCCGUUGAAUCAUUCAAUAUUCAUAAUUUAAGUGAUAUUCCAAUCUUUUCAUAUCUUACCGAUAGCGUUACUGGGGCAGGUAUUUCAGCCAAGUCAUCAUUUACAAAUUUGACAACUAUUCGAGGACAUCCUCAAUCAAAUGGAGACAAACGUGUUUAUCACAAUAAUAAUAAUAGCGACUUUGACGAAGACGUUGGGUUAAAAUUGCGAAACAAGCUAAAGAGCAAACUUAAUAACAAUUGGAAUGAAAAUCAGAAUGGAUCUGAUUAGUAGCUACCUUCGGGCCGGUGUAAUAAAAGGUGCAAAAAAAAAGGCAAGGGAAGGGAACGCUUAAGGACGUUAAAUAAAUACAUAGUCAAACUAAAUAAAUAUAAAAUCAGCAAGAGGUACAAACAAAGAGGUUAAUAAGUCGAAGGGGGUGGGUCGUGGUAAUGUACUGAGAUGUAAAUAGUUAUAUAGCAAUGUACAUCAUCUUGCUUAACAAAGCAAUCUGAAUAUAUUUAUUUGUUUCAAAGCCAACUUGCCCUUUUUUCCUUGUCUU